GGGUAUCCAUUCGUUCUUACACAUGUUGUAAAUGGAGCCUUGCACCCUACUAUGUAGGCACUAUGUUCGAUUUAGAAAACUUGCACAGUUCGCCACCAGCACUCGGAGAAGACGGAUCGGUCGGGUUCUUCACAGUCCGUUGUUGUUUCCAUUUCAAAAGUGGCACCACGUUGUUCAUUCCGUUGCCAACAAGACUUUUCGCUCAUUUAUAGAAAACUAUACAGUUAGACCCUUCAGCAAAAUGUCUGGAAGUAUUGAAUUGGCUAAUCCCCAUUUGGAGACCAUGUGUUCGGAUUUCUUGUACCAUCUGAACAUCAAUGUAGAAAACUCCCAAGAACCAACCGAAAUCAAAAAUAAGUUCGGCGACGUCAAGGUGAUUUGCUGCGGAGGAACUGUGUCUCGCAUGCGACAGCUUGCAUUGUAUCUGCGAAAGGUGUUAGAUGAUCCCGAGACCGGUGAACCCGUGGAUCUGUGUAGUGGAGGUCAUCGCUAUGCCAUGUUCAAGGUUGGCCCUGUCUUGACUGUCAGCCAUGGCGUUGGAUCCUCCACUUUCAGCGUGGUGUUGCACGAACUGUUGAAGCUGGUCAAGUAUGCUGGCUGUGAGGACCCUGUUUUCCUGCGGAUCGGUACUUGUGGUGGUGUCGGUGUUCCACCUGGCACUGUAGUGGUCACAAAAAAUGCCUUCAACGGCUUUCUCCGCAACGAGCACGAGAUUGCUAUACUUGGUAAGCGUGUUGUGCGACCUGCUCAGUUUCCUGACAGUGUGAUUAAGGAUGUUAUAGCAUAUGGUAGCAAAGAGGACGAUGGUUUCAAAACCAUAAGUGGCAACACAAUGGGAACGGACUGUUUCUACGAGGGUCAGGGCCGGUUGGAUGGAGCUAUAUGCGAGUACACGGAAGCCGACAAAAUGGAAUUCCUGAAGAAGUGCUUCGAUCUAGGAAUCGUGAACAUUGAGAUGGAGGCCAGCAUGUUUGCUUCGGUUACCCAGAAGAUAGGAGUCAAGGCCGGCGAUGUGUGUGUGACCAUUGUGAAUCGACUGAACGGGGAUCAGGUGGAAAUAACCAUGGAGAAGAAGCACGAAUUUGAACAGCGGCCCUUCUUAGUCGUGGGCCGAUACAUUAAGAACCUAUUGCAGAAGUGCUAGAUAAUGCUAUAUUUUAUUUUCAGUCCAAUAAAGAUGCCAUCUAAAUUUCUUGGA